AUGUACAUGAAGGACCUUGAGGAAAAACCCAACAGCACAACCUUCGGAAAUCUUGCUCAAGUGACUUUGACGCAGGUAGUGCUAUUUAACAGAAAAGGGCAAGGAGAAGUUUCAAAAAUGGAGCUCCAGGUUUUUACAUCCCGGAAUCGCACAGAGUUGAAUCCUGACAUUAUGAUCGGCCUAACUGAGUUUGAAAGGAAACUUGCAAAGCACUUUGACAGAGUUGAGAUUCGUGGUAAAAGAUCAAGAAUGGUACCUGUGCUUCUCACACCUGACAUGAUCACUGCAAUGGAGCUCCUCGCAAAAGCCAGAAGUGAGUGUCAAGUCCACACAGAGAAUGUGUACUUGUUUGCACGCCCAGGUGUCCUUUCCCAUUACAGAGGCUCUGACUGCUUUCGCAAGUAUGCAAAUAAAUGUGGUGCAAAGUACCCAGAGGCCCUUACCUCAACAAGAUUGCGGAAACAAGUUGCCACUUUGUCCACAGUACUAAAUCUAAAAGAAAAUGAAAUGGAUCAACUUGCCACCUUUCUCGGACACGACAUCCGUGUCCAUCGAGAAUUCUACCGGCUUCCAGAGAGUACCCUGCAGCUUGCAAAAGUCAGCAAACUGUUGAUUGCAAUGGAGAAAGGAAAACUGUCUGACCUGCAGGGGAAAGGGCUGGAUGACAUCGUGAUCAAUCCUGAUGAUGAAGCAGUUACAAGUGAUGAUGAUUCCAGUGGAGAAACCAUCACUGACCCUCAACAACACAAAGGCUCAAGGACCAAGAAUUCUGGGAACCAAAGCCACACACUUUACUCAGCUUCCCUGGACAAUAUGGAGGGCGCUUCUGCCUCAACCACCCUGGACAAUAUGGAGGGCGCUUCUGCCUCAACCACCCUGGACAAUAUGGAGGGCGCUUCUGCCUCAACCACCCUGGACAGCAAAAACAUCAGCAACACUGCACCAGGAAAGGCUGGGAAGGCAAGGUGCAAGUGGACAGAUGAUGAAGUAAAGGCUGUUGAGCGGCACUUACUUCAUUUCAUAACGAGCUGCAAAGUACCUGGCAAAAAGGAAUGUGACUCCUGCAUCCAAGCAGAGCCGGCAGCUCUGAAAGGCAGAGACUGGGUUGCCAUAAAGUAUUACAUCCACAACAGGAUCAUAGCAUUGAAAAGAAAGAUGAAUAAAUAA